UUAUAAACUUUUCAAUCCAGUUAUGCACUUGAAGAAAUGUUAUUUAAAACUUCCUUGUUUCGGCGACCAUCUUGAAUAUUGAAUAUGAGACUAUUUCGUGUGAACUAUUCGGGGUGUCAGAGGAAAUAAACAUUUUGUUAUAACAAUUUGUACAGUACUGAAAUUGUUUCACCUGGAUAUUGACACCAGAGGUGUGGUCGAAAUAACAAAUAUAAACAUUGCCAUUCUGGCAGUUUUCGACACUCGGAUGACAGCUAUGAGAAGUGCACAUUAUUUUGCCUUGUUGGUGAUUUUUGUGUCACUUGCAAGGACGUGUUAUGGAAUUGGAGAAUAUUGCACUUUGGGGGACUGUUCUGGUCCUGGUGAGAUUUGUGUUGAGGGCAACUGUGCAUGUGACUCCAGCACCCACUACCAAGCUCAAGGAGGAACACAAUGUUCAGCGAAGGGCACCUCCAUAGGUGGAGCAUGUACAGUGCCUGGUAUCGGUUCAAUUGGCUCCGCCUGUAGUGCCUCAAAUUCACAAUGUACAGGGUCCAGUGGUGAGGGUCAAGGAACUUGUUCUUGCUUGAGUGGAAAUUACCAGUCCGCCACAAACGUUUGCAGUCCAAGAGGGGACUACAGGCUUACAACCCAUCAGUCUGUCCGUCUGUCUGUCUUGUCUGUCUGCCCGUCAGGAAAAAAGGGCACCUCCAUAGGUGGAGCAUGUACAGUGCCUGGGAUCGGUUCAAUUGGCUCCGCCUGUAGUGCCUCAAAUUCACAAUGUACAGGGUCCAGUGGUGAGGGUCAAGGAACUUGUUCUUGCUUGAGUGGAAAUUACCAGUCCGCCACAAACGUUUGCAGUCCAAGAGGGGACUACAGGCUUACAACCCAUCAGUCUGUCCGUCUGUCUGUCUUGUCUGUCUGCCCGUCAGGAAAAAAGGGCACCUCCAUAGGUGGAGCAUGUACAGUGCCUGGGAUCGGUUCAGUUGGCCCCGCCUGUAGUGCCUCAAAUUCACAAUGUACAGGGUCCAGUGGUGAGGGUCAAGGAACUUGUUCUUGCUUGAGUGGAAAUUACCAGUCCGCCACAAACGUUUGCAGUCCAAGAGGGGACUACAUGCUUACAACCCAUCAGUCUGUCCGUCUGUCUGUCUUGUCUGUCUGCCCGUCAGGAAAAAAGGGCACCUCCAUAGGUGGAGCAUGUACAGUGCCUGGGAUCGGUUCAAUUGGCUCCGCCUGUAGUGCCUCAAAUUCACAAUGUACAGGGUCCAGUGGUGAGGGUCAAGGAACUUGUUCUUGCUUGAGUGGAAAUUACCAGUCCGCCACAAACGUUUGCAGUCCAAGAGGGGACUACAGGCUUACAACCCAUCAGUCUGUCCGUCUGUCUGUCUUGUCUGUCUGCCCGUCAGGAAAAAAGGGCACCUCCAUAGGUGGAGCAUGUACAGUGCCUGGGAUCGGUUCAAUUGGCUCCGCCUGUAGUGCCUCAAAUUCACAAUGUACAGGGUCCAGUGGUGAGGGUCAAGGAACUUGUUCUUGCUUGAGUGGAAAUUACCAGUCCGCCACAAACAUUUGCAGUCCAAGAGGGGACUAUAGGCUUACAACACAUCAGUCUGUCCGUCUGUCUGUCUUGUCUGUCUGCCCGUCAGGAAAAAAGGGCACCUCCAUAGGUGGAGCAUGUACAGUGCCUGGUAUCGGUUCAGUUGGCCCCGCCUGUAGUGCCUCAAAUUCACAAUGUACAGGGUCCAGUGGUGAGGGUCAAGGAACUUGUUCUUGCUUGAGUGGAAAUUACCAGUCCGCCACAAACGUUUGCAGUCCAAGAGGGGACUACAGGCUUACAACCCAUCAGUCUAUCCGUCUGUCUGUCUUGUCUGUCUGCCCGUCAGGAAAAAAGGGCACCUCCAUAGGUGGAGCAUGUACAGUGCCUGGGAUCGGUUCAAUUGGCUCCGCCUGUAGUGCCUCAAAUUCACAAUGUACAUGGUCCAGUGGUGAGGGUCAAGGAACUUGUUCUUGCUUGAGUGGAAAUUACCAGUCCGCCACAAACGUUUGCAGUCCAAUCGGCACCUCCAUAGGAGGAUCUUGUACAGUGCCUGCCAGCACCGGUUCAAGUGGCUCCCCCUGUAGUGCCCCUGCCUCACAAUGUACAGGGUCUAGUGGCGAGGGUCUUGGAAAGUGUUCUUGCUCGGAUCAAAAUUACCAGUCUGCCACAAACAUGUGCAGUCCAAUUGGCACCACCAUAGGAGGGUCCUGUACAAAACCUGGCACCGGCUCAAUUGGCUCCGCCUGUAGUGCCCCAGCCUCACAAUGUACAGGGUCUAGUGGCGAGGGUGCUGGAAGAUGUUCUUGCUUGAGUGGAAACUACCAGUCGGCCACAAAUGUGUGCAGUACAAUUGGCACCACCAUAGGAGGGUCCUGUACACAACCUGGCACCGGUUCAGUUGGCUCCGCCUGUAGUGUCCAAAACUCACAAUGUACAGGGUCCAUUGGCGAGGGUCUUGGAAAGUGUUCUUGCUCGGAUCAAAAUAACCAGUCUGCCACAAACAUGUGCAGUCCAAUUGGCACCUCCAUAGGGGUCUCAUGUACAAAACCUAGCAGUGGCUCAAUUGGCUCCCCCUGUAGUGCCCCUGCCUCACAAUGUACAGGGACCAGUGGCGAGGGUGCUGGAACGUGUUCUUGCUUGAUUGGAUAUUACCCGUCGGCUACAAACGUGUGCAGUACAAUUGGCACCUCCAUAGGGGUCUCAUGUACAAAACCUAGCAGUGGCUCAAUUGGCUCCCCCUGUAGUGCCCCUGCCUCACAAUGUACAGGGACCAGUGGCGAGGGUGCUGGAACGUGUUCUUGCUUGAUUGGAUAUUACCCGUCGGCUACAAACGUGUGCAGUACAAAGGGCACCUCCAUAGGUGGAGCAUGUACAGUGCCUGGGAUCGGUUCAGUUGGCCCCGCCUGUAGUGCCUCAAAUUCACAAUGUACAGGGUCCAGUGGUGAGGGUCAAGGAACUUGUUCUUGCUUGAGUGGAAAUUACCAGUCCGCCACAAACGUUUGCAGUCCAAGAGGGGACUACAGGCUUACAACCCAUCAGUCUGUCCGUCUGUCUGUCUUGUCUGUCUGCCCGUCAGGAAAAAAGGGCACCUCCAUAGGUGGAGCAUGUACAGUGCCUGGGAUCGGUUCAAUUGGCUCCGCCUGUAGUGCCUCAAAUUCACAAUGUACAGGGUCCAGUGGUGAGGGUCAAGGAACUUGUUCUUGCUUGAGUGGAAAUUACCAGUCCGCCACAAACAUUUGCAGUCCAAGAGGGGACUAUAGGCUUACAACACAUCAGUCUGUCCGUCUGUCUGUCUUGUCUGUCUGCCCGUCAGGAAAAAAGGGCACCUCCAUAGGUGGAGCAUGUACAGUGCCUGGUAUCGGUUCAGUUGGCCUCGCCUGUAGUGCCUCAAAUUCACAAUGUACAGGGUCCAGUGGUGAGGGUCAAGGAACUUGUUCUUGCUUGAGUGGAAAUUACCAGUCCGCCACAAACGUUUGCAGUCCAAGAGGGGACUACAGGCUUACAACCCAUCAGUCUAUCCGUCUGUCUGUCUUGUCUGUCUGCCCGUCAGGAAAAAAGGGCACCUCCAUAGGUGGAGCAUGUACAGUGCCUGGGAUCGGUUCAAUUGGCUCCGCCUGUAGUGCCUCAAAUUCACAAUGUACAUGGUCCAGUGGUGAGGGUCAAGGAACUUGUUCUUGCUUGAGUGGAAAUUACCAGUCCGCCACAAACGUUUGCAGUCCAAUCGGCACCUCCAUAGGAGGAUCUUGUACAGUGCCUGCCAGCACCGGUUCAAGUGGCUCCCCCUGUAGUGCCCCUGCCUCACAAUGUACAGGGUCUAGUGGCGAGGGUCUUGGAAAGUGUUCUUGCUCGGAUCAAAAUUACCAGUCUGCCACAAACAUGUGCAGUCCAAUUGGCACCACCAUAGGAGGGUCCUGUACAAAACCUGGCACCGGCUCAAUUGGCUCCGCCUGUAGUGCCCCAGCCUCACAAUGUACAGGGUCUAGUGGCGAGGGUGCUGGAAGAUGUUCUUGCUUGAGUGGAAACUACCAGUCGGCCACAAAUGUGUGCAGUACAAUUGGCACCACCAUAGGAGGGUCCUGUACACAACCUGGCACCGGUUCAGUUGGCUCCGCCUGUAGUGUCCAAAACUCACAAUGUACAGGGUCCAUUGGCGAGGGUCUUGGAAAGUGUUCUUGCUCGGAUCAAAAUUACCAGUCUGCCACAAACAUGUGCAGUCCAAUUGGCACCUCCAUAGGGGUCUCAUGUACAAAACCUAGCAGUGGCUCAAUUGGCUCCCCCUGUAGUGCCCCUGCCUCACAAUGUACAGGGACCAGUGGCGAGGGUGCUGGAACGUGUUCUUGCUUGAUUGGAUAUUACCCGUCGGCUACAAACGUGUGCAGUACAAAGGUGGGCCUCGGUUCACAGUGCACCAUGAAAUCAGCAUGUUUAAAUGAAAACUCUGACUGCCUUGGACAUCAGUCUGGUAGUGGAUCAACUUGUCAGUGUACAAGCGACUAUUUUGACACAAACACCGUGGACAAUAUUCAGGGAUUGUGUAUCAGAAAAAUUACAUUGGAUAGUCGGUGUGACACUUCUCAUAGCAAUUUGGCCCAGUGUGCUGCUGACAAUGCUAUAUGUGACUCCAGAUAUAGUUAUGCUUGCAAAUGCAGAUAUGGCUAUUAUGUUGAUCCCAGCAAUCCAGCAAAAUGUAAAGCAAGACAACCAUUGGGUGGAGUCUGUCAGUACAAUACUGAUUGUACAGACCCCAAUGCAGAGUGUUCGAGCUCCAAAUGUAGGUGCGUUGAUGGAUUUUAUGACACAAAUGGGAUUGACAUGGAUGGAACUUGCAAAUCAGUUGCUGAAUUGCGUGUGACCAACAUAAACUUCCAAGGUAUCAGUACCUCACAGUUUUCUGUCAGCUGGGACAUACCAGAUGGGAAAGCACAAUACAUUCAGACGUUUGUUGUGGAGUGGAUGCCAAAGGGCAAUACUAUUGGAGGUGGAACUAAGAUGCUAUCUAGCUCAUUUACUACAGCACUGCUUGAUAGUGGAAUAAGUGCAGGAAAAAGCUACACUGUAAAAAUAACUUCUAUAAAUUCUCAACUGGGAGUGAACAGAUCAGAUUUUUCUUCCACUGAUCAGGACGCAAAACCAAAUCCACCAACAUGGGAUGCAGCCACUGAUAUAAAUCCUGAUAUUGACAACACAAUAAUAGUUUCAUGGAUUGCUCCAUUAGGAAGUGUGUCUCGUUAUGAAGUCAGUUUGAUUGACAGAUCCACAACAGUUGUAUUAACAGUUGUUUUGCAUCCAUCAACUUCUACAAACUUAACUUCAAUUAAUAUUAAAAACGGGUACAGUUACACCAUACAGAUCAUUAGCAAGAGUCAAAGCAACACUGUUGAAAGUGAUCCACUUACCUAUGUAAUAAAGACUGAAGUUAUAGUACCGGAUCCUCCGACUGGAGCCAAUUGUAAGGAGGUUGCUGAUGAAUUCAUUACAGUCGAGUGGAAUGCUCCUGCAGUGCCAAAUGGAGAUCUCCGACAAUACUAUAUUCAUGUACAUAAUUCAAGUCGUCUGGUGAAAAUUGUCGGUACUGACACUGUUGUAAAUGAAUUAAAGGUCUUACAUUUAAAACCAGUGACAUACUACAACUUCCGAGUGUACACAGAAAAUGAGAAAUACAACUCUUCUUUAUAUGGACAAUCACCCUCCUGUCCAACAAAGGCAAAAAUAUCUGAAGCACCACAGGAUCUUGCAAUUACGGGAGUUACAAGCAGAGCUUUCACAGUCUCUUGGGAGAGACCCAAUAAUACCUACAGUGAAGAGUUCCUUGGUUAUGUCCUGCAGAUAAAAGAAGGAGAUUCAUGCGUGCAAGAAAUAAAAUACAAGUGUUCUAAUUGCAAGAGAAGCUUUGAUAGUGCUCCAACAUCAAGUAAAGUUUGCAUUAGAGGAGACAGGAUGGAUGAAAGUAAAUCAAAUGCAGAGCUCCAAAACUCCACCUUGACGUUGAGUAAUAAUACGUUUAAACCUGAUACUGACUACACCGUGUUAGUUGCUGCUGUAAAUGAUAUUGGAUGGGGUCAUCAGGCAGUACAGUCGGUUAAAUCUAAAGAAGAAGAACCUCAAGAGCCCCCCAAAGCAGUUAUUGUAUCUGACAUCGGGAAGACGUCUUUCAAUGUAUCAUGGAGUUUGAAUGGACCAAGGCCGGGACAGGUCACAUACACAGUGAUCCUAACUGCAGACACUGGAGCUGAGAACAAAACAUAUACUGUUGAAGGUUAUGAUAACACAAGUCGGUUUGCUGAUGGACUAGAAGAGUAUUGGAACUAUACUGUGAGUGUCACAGCAAGAACUAAUGUAGGUGGUGCUAAAACAUCCUAUACCACACAAAAAUACAGGACUCUGCCUUCAGCACCUGGAAAUGUUACUGAGUUUGGUCCUGUUAAGGCUCAUCUGCGCUCUGACAAUUUUCACAAAAUGACGAUCCAAUGGAAAGCUCCCUUGCUGUUGCAGCGCAACAGUGUGAUAAAGGAAUACGUGUUAAAAUACAAUGUUGGAAACACUACAGCUAGCUCAGGGGUUGGCGGAAGGUUUAAGACAAUUUCCUUCACAUCGGAGACUGGCGAUGGCUUUUACAGUAAAGUGUUUGAUGUGAUACCUGAGUCAUCGUACCAGUUUGAGGUAAGAUUGAGCGGCAGAAUGUAA